AGAUACUAUAAAGAGCUGUUCGUCGCUCACAGUCCAUGUGGUUGAUAGCAGCCACGCACAAUCCCAGCUUUUAAGUCAACAACAAUUGUUGCGAUGUUGUCUAACAAGCUCUUAUCAUUGUUCGCAGCUACUGGAGCAUUAAUCGGAAUUGUCGAUGCUCAAUUUCCUGCCCCGCUCGAGGGCGUGACAAUACUCAACUCUCAAAUCGAAGAUGGUAUCAGGAUCUCAUAUAAAGAGAACGACCUUUGCGAGACCACAGAAGGCGUACGAAGCUACUCUGGCUACGUACACCUACCGGCCAACGCCCUCGCCGACCUUGGUGUACAAAACCAGACGUAUGAGAUCAACACGUUCUUCUGGUUUUUCGAGUCAAGAAAAGACCCAGCGAACGCCCCACUCGGAAUUUGGAUGAACGGGGGCCCGGGAAGUAGCUCCAUGCUAGGACUGCUUCGCGAGAACGGGCCCUGCUACGUCAACGCUGAUUCGAAUUCUACGUACUUGAACAACGAUUGGGCGUGGAAUAAUGAGGUCAAUAUGCUGUAUCUUGAUCAGCCCGUUCAAGUCGGGAUGAGUUAUGACACUUUGACCAAUAUCACAACCAACAUUGACACUGGCGCUGUCAAAGUCGCAGACUUCUCUAGCGGUGUUCCAGCGCAAAACAACUCGUUUUAUGUCGGAACCUAUGCUAGCCAGAACUUCAACCUUACCACACGAGGCACUGAGAACUCUGCACGAGCUCUGUGGCACUUUGCACAAGUCUGGUUUCAGGAGUUCCCUCAACACAAGCCAAACGAUAACAGGAUUUCCAUCGCCACUGAAUCCUAUGGAGGCCGCUACGGGCCCGCUUUUGCAGCCUACUUCCAAGAGCAGAAUGAGAGAAUUGAGAACGGAACCUGGGAUGAGCAGGGUCAAACUCAUUUGCUUCAUCUUGACACUCUCCUUAUUAUCAAUGGCUGCAUAGAUCGCUACGUCCAGUGGCCAGCCUACCCCACAAUGGCGUUCAACAACUCAUAUGGUAUAAAAACCAUCAAUGAGUCACGACAUGCAGAAGUCAUCGAUAGCUUGUAUCGCAAGGGAGGCUGUCUCGACCAGAUUGAAGUAUGCCGAAAUCUGAGUCUAGUAUAUGAUCCCUCGAAUCAGGGUUUUAACGAGUCUGUCAACGACGUUUGCGAAGAGGCAGAGACCUUCUGUUCGCAAAAGAUCCGUGAUCCGUAUUUUGAUGCUGAUCGCAACUAUUACGAUAUAUCUGUUCCAACCGCAGCAUCAUUUCCACCGCCGUGGUAUGCGGGUUGGUUGAAUCAGCCGCAUGUGCAACAGGGACUGGGCAUCCCGAUCAAUUGGACACAAUCCAAUUCAGCUGUGUCUCGCGCAUUUCGAGGCAUUGGCGAUUAUCCACGUCCGGGAUGGAAAGAAGAUUUGGCAUACUUGCUUGAAGAGGGCAUAAAGGUGACGCUGGUGUAUGGCGAUCGCGAUUAUGCCUGUAACUGGUACGGAGGUGAACUGCUCUCUCUUGCGAUCCCAUACCCCAACGCGUCGUCCUUUGCAGAGGCAGGCUACUCCAACGUUGUUGUCAACGAUACCUACAUCGGUGGGCAAGUACGGCAAUUCGGCAAUUUGUCUUUCACGCGCAUCUAUCAAGCAGGUCACGAAGUCCCCGCCUACCAACCAGAAACAGCAUAUAAAAUAUUUCAAAGGGCUCUAUUCAACUUCGACAUUGCAACUGGGAAUAUCUCCACCAUAGAUAAUCCGGGUUACGCUACCAAAGGCCCCAGUACCGUGUUCAAUAUCACGAAUGAGCCCAUCAUCGAUCCGGGCUCGCAGUGCUAUGUUUUAGAUCGCGACCAGUGCACAGAGGAGCAGUGGGAAACGGUUAUGAAUGGAACUGCUCUGGUAAAAAAUUGGAUCGUAGUCGAUGCGAACACGAGCUCCUUGUUCCCAGACCUGGUGGGCAAUGGAACAAGCCCUGCGAAUGGUACAAGGCCGUCUGGUACAAGGCCACCGGUGCCCAGCGCAACUGGAAGUGGAGUGGCACCAGAGUCGACGGGUGCUGCACCUGGCCAUCUACAUGUUAAUAUUUUCGGCAGCUUGAUACUUACUGCAAGUUUAGUGAGUUUGAUAUUGUUUUGAUCGAUAGUCGCAUUGGAAUUGUCAACCAUAAAAGCAAAUACAACACGAAAGCACGCCAACUCCCUUGUGGUCUGUAAGGAGAUAAGAGGAAUAAGUCUGGGGAGAGCCGCUUGUAAGAUCCUUCAGCUGGGGUUGAAUUAUCAUCUCAAGUAGGAUGCCUUCGUGCUUUUGACUAGAUUAAGAGCUCUCUGCAAAUCGUAAUAGUUGAGCCAGCGCACAUUGUCCCUG